CUCAUGGCGGAUUGGGCACUGCUGCCAGCCCUCCUUCUCAUUGUUUUCCUGUAUGCCCAGCCGUGCCACUGCGGCAGGGCUCCAGCCUCCUCCCAGGCCGUGACGGCCCGGCUGGCGGCGAAGUGGCCGGCGACCCCACUGCUGCUGGAGGCGAGUGAAUUUAUUGCAGAAGAUGAUAAUGAGAAGUUUUGGCAGUUCUUGGAAACUGUACGAGAAUUAACAGUUUAUAAGCAAAGAGACAGAAGAAUAAUAAGUUUGCAGAGAAGAACAAAGCACAGAAUCCAGCAAACAAAAGUGAGCCACCUCAGAAGAUGCCUUGCAAAGCAGUUUACUGGAAAUGUCCAUGGUAAUGAGAAACUUGGAAACCUACCAGGCUUCACAACAGAUUCAGAACAUUCCUAUUACAAUUUAAUCCUGAAAAAAGCAGGACAAUUUUUAUCCAAUUUGCAAAUCAAUCUACUGAAGUUUGCACUUUCGAUACGGGCAUAUUCUCCAACUGUUCAGAUGUUUCAGCAGAUUGCAGCUGAUGAACAUCCACCAGAAGGCUGCAGUGCAUUUGUGGUUAUCCAUGAGAAGCACACCUGUAAGACUAAUGAAAUAAAAAAGCUGCUGAAGAAGGCUACUAAGAGACCCAGACCGUAUCUUUUUAAGGGAGAUCAUAAAUUCCCAACUCUCAAAGAGGAUGGCCCAGUGGUUGUUCUUUAUGCAGAAAUGGGUACGAAAGACUUUGUCAAAUUCCACCGGAUUUUGUCUGAGAAGGCGCAAAAAGAGGAAAUUGUUUAUGUUCUCCGGCAUUAUGUUCAGAAACCAAGUUCCAGAAAAAUGUAUUUAUCUGGAUAUGGUGUAGAACUUGCAAUAAAGAGCACAGAAUAUAAAGCGGUGGAUGACACACAGCUCAAAGAAACAAAUGAGACAAAGGAAGACGAAGAUGAGGAGGAGGAGGAAAGUGAUAUUCAAGGAUUUCUUUUUGGCAAAUUAAAACAGAUGUAUCCUGAUCUGAAAAAUAAUCUGAAAGAGUUUAAAAAACAUCUAAUUGAAACUACUGACAACAUGGAACCACUGAAGGUUUGGGAGCUACAGGAUCUUAGUUUUCAAGCAGCUGCUCGAAUUAUGUCUACCCCUGUUUAUGAUGCCUUAAAGAUCAUGAAAGACAUAGCUCAGAACUUCCCAAUAAGAGCCAGAUCACUGACCAGAGUGCCUGUAGACAAGAAAAUGCGAAAUGAAAUAGAAGAAAAUCAGAAGCAUUUUCAUGAAAUUCUUGGAAUCCAACCUGGAGAAGCACGUCUGUUUCUAAAUGGCCUUCAUAUUGACCUGGAUUUUCAUGAUCCUUUUAGUAUCCUAGAGACUCUUAAACUGGAAGGAAAAGUGAUGCAUGGACUUCAUGAACUUGGAAUCAAAGAGGAGACCUUGAGUAGAUUCAUGAGGUUGCAUAUACAUCCUACAGAUGACACUUAUGCACUAGAUAUUCGUCACUCUUCGAUAAUAUGGAUUAAUAACAUAGAACAAGACUACAGCUAUAGCACAUGGCCUGCAAGCUAUCAGGAACUGCUAAAACCUGCAUUUCCCGGAGUUAUACAGCAGAUUAGACGCAAUUUAUAUAAUUUGGUACUUCUUAUUGAUCCUGUCCAAGAAGAUACAGCUGAUUAUAUGAAACUGGCAGAAUUAUUCUUUCAUCAUAAUGUGCCACUUAGAAUUGGAUUUGUUUUUAUUUUAAAUACAAAAGAAGAAAUUGAUGGAAAUGAAGAUGCUGGAAUAGCACUUUGGAGAACUUUUAAUUACAUUAUGGAGGAAUCUGACACCUCUCAAGCCUUUUCCUCGAUAAUUAACAUGUACCAUGAAGUGCAAGGUGGAAAUGUUCUAACAGUAAAUCAUGUGAAAGAUGUUCUUAGAAGAGAAUACCCACAUGCUCCUGUUCAGAGCAUCCUCGGUAUUCAUUCUGAAUAUGAUGAAGGGAGAAAGGCAGGAGCAACUUUUUAUAAAAAGAGUGGCCUGGGUCCAUUGCCUCAAGCUCUGUUUAAUGGCGUGCCCUUUAACAGAGAAGAGAUGGAUGCUGCAGAGUUAGAGACCAUUAUUCUCCAGAGGAUUAUUGAUGCCACCGGAAUCUUUCAGAGGGCAGUGUUUAUGGGUUUGUUAAAUGAUCAUGUGAAUGCAAUGGAUUUUCUUAUGGAUCAGCACAAUGUAGUUUCCCGUCUAAACCCCAGUAUUCUUGGAGCAGAGAAAAGAUACAUACAUUUCAGAUCCACAUCUGUUCCGUUUGAUGUGGAUGACUUCUCUACUUUCUCCUUUUUGGACUCACAAGAUAAAAGUGCUGUGAUUUCAGACAGCAUGAAGUAUUUAACAAAAAAGGAUGAAGAUGCAUUAUAUGCUGUUACUAUCUGGAUUGUUGCUGAUUUUGAUAAGCCAGCUGGGAGACGACUGCUUUCGAAUGCCUUGAAAAGCCUGAAAACAAGCAGUCAUACACGACUUGGGAUUUUGAACAACCCUUUGUCAAAAAUAAGGGAAGAUAACACAGCCAUUGCAAGAGGAAUUUUGACUGCUUUUCUAACCCAGAACAACAACAACUUAAAAAGUUUCCUAAGUAAACUCAGUAAGGAAGAGACAGCAAAAUCCCUUGCUGCUGGAACUAAGAUUGCUAAAUUCCUUGUCCCAGGAAUGGAUGGCAACACUUUUGAGAAGAAGUACAACACUUUAGGACUGGAUAUAAUUAAAACUCACCAGAUGUUCUGCCAGGAGGUUCUUAAGCUGCUUCCUGGGCAAAUGGCUGUUAUAAGCAAUGGCAGGGUACUGGGUCCUUUAGAUGAAAAUGAAUUCUAUGCAGAAGACUUUAAUUUGUUGGAAAAGAUAACAUACAGUACCUCAGCAGAGAAGAUUAAAGCUAUUGUUAAAGAGAUGGGAAACAGUAGUAAAAGUGGCAGUGAUUUGAUCAUGAAAAUAGAUGCCUUACUGUCAUCCUUGCCGAAAACAGAGACGAGACAGGAUGUUGAAUUACUCAAAGAGCAGCAUAGUGUAGUAAAAGUCAAUCCCCAACAGGAUGAACCAUUCUAUGAUGUUGUUGCUAUUGUGGAUCCAUUGACAAGAGAAGCACAGAAGAUGACUCAGUUACUGAUUGUACUUAAAGACAUCAUCAAUAUGAAACUCAGGUUGUUUUUGAACUGCAGAUCUAAGCUGUCAGAAGCACCUCUGAAGAGCUUCUAUCGUUUUGUUCUGGAACCAGAAUUAAGUUAUGGGAUCAACAACCACCUUCCUUCUGAACCUGUGGCAAAAUUCUCAGAAUUGCCAGAAUCACCCCUUUUGACUCUAAACAUGAUCACUCCUGAAAGCUGGUUGGUUGAAGCAGUAAACAGUUCCUGUGAUCUUGAUAACAUUCAUUUACAGGAUAUAAAAGGGACAGUUACAGCAGAAUAUGAACUAGAAUAUAUAUUGCUUGAAGGACAUUGCUUUGAUGUGACAACUGGACAACCUCCUCGAGGGUUACAAUUCACUCUGGGCACAAAGAAUAAUCCUGUCAUGGUUGAUACUAUUGUGAUGGCCAACCUGGGGUAUUUUCAGCUGAAAGCAAAUCCAGGUGCUUGGACACUGAGAUUGCGUAAAGGAAGAUCUGAAGAGAUCUAUCAGAUUUUUUCCCAUGAAGGAACAGAUUCUGUAGCUGACCUGACAGAUGUUAUCGUGGUAUUAAACAACUUCAGAAGCAAAAUUAUCAAAGUCCAAGUACAGAAAAGGCCUGAUAAAAUUAAUGAAGAUCUCCUUACUGAUGGAACAACAGGAAAAAAAAGAAAUCAAGAAUCAGUUCUAAGCUUGUCAGAAGAAACUCCAACAGAAGAGAAGGAAAAGCAAAGUGAUAUUCUUAACAUCUUUUCUGUUGCUUCAGGCCAUUUAUAUGAACGUUUUUUAAGAAUUAUGAUGCUUUCUGUCCUACGUCAUACAAAAACGCCAGUUAAAUUUUGGUUUCUGAAAAACUAUCUCUCCCCAACAUUUAAGGAUGUAAUUCCUCACAUGGCUAAAAAGUAUGGUUUCAAGUAUGAGUUAGUACAGUAUAAGUGGCCCCGCUGGCUCUAUCAACAGACAGAAAAACAAAGAAUUAUUUGGGGCUACAAGAUUCUUUUUUUGGACGUUCUUUUCCCUUUGGCUGUGGAUAAAAUAAUAUUUGUCGAUGCUGACCAGAUUGUGAGAAGUGACCUAAAAGAGCUCAGAGAUCUAAAUCUAAAUGGAGCUCCCUAUGGAUACACACCUUUCUGUGACAGCCGUAAGGAAAUGGAUGGAUACCGUUUCUGGAAAUCAGGAUACUGGGCAUCACAUCUUGGGAAAAGGAAAUACCAUAUUAGUGCCUUAUAUGUUGUGGAUCUUAAGAAGUUCAGAAAGAUCGCAGCUGGAGAUAGGCUUCGGGGCCAGUACCAAGCUCUUAGUCAAGAUCCAAACAGUCUGUCAAAUCUAGAUCAGGAUCUUCCCAAUAAUAUGAUCCAUCAAGUAGCUAUUAAGUCUCUCCCUCAGGAAUGGCUUUGGUGUGAAACCUGGUGUGAUGAUGAAUCCAAGAAGAAGGCUAAAACAAUAGACUUGUGCAACAAUCCCCAAACCAAAGAACCGAAAUUAAAGGCUGCUGCCCGCAUAGUUCCUGAAUGGGUUGACUAUGACUCUGAGAUACGAACAUUAAUAGAGCAAAUCGAGAAAGAGAAGAAAAACCUUUUCUUUCAAAAAGGUCUUAAACAUGAUGAACUUUAGCACAGCCUUUUACCAGCAAUGGGGACAGCUCAGAAAGUCUUCUGUGAAAGACCCAGUGGAAGUUACGAAUGUUGCAUUGGCAUUAUUUGUUACAUUCUGUAACAUGAAGUCAAAUAUUUUGUAAUUUACAGUGUUAUUUAAAAAUGUUUUCAACAAAAUACAAAAC